CAUAACCUCAAAUACUAAUUUGUGUAAAUACAAUGUAAUGAGUUUUGAUUUAAUUUACUUUCAGUAACUUAAAAUAACUUAUUUAACACAUUCAAUUAAUUCGUCAUAUUUUAAUUUAUAUUAUUAAAUAAGAUUUAUUACUAAAUAAUUUAUUUUCAUUGCGCCAUCUCUAAUUCAAACUCCACACUACUCAAAAACAACAUAACCUCAACUAUUGAUAAUUUAUAAAGAUUUUCAUUUCGAAUAAAAUGUUGGAAUCUCAAGAUUUAAAGGAUUUUUCGAUUACAACAUGGUACAAAACGUUCAAAAACAUAACCUUAAACACGAUUCUUAUUGAGAUUCCCCCUGAAUUAUUAAAUUAUUUACGUUCGGAUGAUUUCGAUGGUGAUAUUAAAACAGUUUGUAACUCCGAGUAUAUAAAUAAUUUAAAGGAUGCCUUAAAAAGGUUUGAUAAUAAGGUUUUUGCGAAAAAUAAUUGGAGAGCUCCAUUGGAUGCGAAAUUUAUGAGUUUAAGUAAUUUACUACAAGUUAAUUGUAUAGAAGAUCUCAUUAAUUAUUUCAAAGCUUCCGAUGUUGUUAUGAACGAUUUUUAUGGAAAAUAUGAUGAAGGUUAUUGUUUCGCUUUGAGAGAAUUUUUAAAUAUACACCCUGCUAGUGAGUUUAGGUGUAUUGUUGUGGGGGAUAUUUUGAGGGGAAUUACCCCGAGGGAUUGGCCGACUUAUUAUGGGCACUUCGCCGAAGAGGGACCUAAUAUAAUUAGGUUAAUUUCAGAGUUUUUUCAGGGAAACUUAAAAGGAAAAUUUAUCAGAAAAAAUUAUGUAUUCGAUGUAAUUAUAACAUACCCAAGUAAGGUUGAACUUGUCGAUUUAAGCCCGUUGAAUAAUAAAACGAAUUUGAACGCCUUUUUAUGGGAGGAAAUUGAUAAAUUAAUCAAAAUGGAUUCCCGAGAGAUGGUUGCCCCCGUUUUUAGAUAUUUAGAGUCGGAUAAGGGGAUUAUUUUAAAACCAAAAUAAAAUUAUUUAAAAACAAA